CUUUAAAAAUCUCUUCUGGUCUGCAGCAGAAAAUGUUGUGAUUUACAAGCAGGGAAUAUUAAUAAUUGCAGUACUUCUAUUAUUAACUGUAAAUGUUAUGUUUACAGACUGUGAGCUGGUGAAGAAGACAGGGGUAGAGGGUGUGACUGUGUUCACAGGAGAGUCUGUAGUUCUGCCCUGCGUCUGCACUGACCUACAGGACAAACCAAAGUCUGUAAAAUGGCAGUUUAAUAGAAUCAAUCACUUUCAGGAAAUUUACCCUGAACAGACUGGACCUCACAGAAACAGAGUCAAACUGGUCAGUAACAACGCUCCAGGAAACCUCUCUCUACUCAUAUCAGACCUGACUGAAGAGGACCAGGGACUCUACAGAUGUUCUGUACAGGCUGAUAGCAGAGAUGUCAGAUUAUCUGUUAAAGUAGGAAGAAGAGAAACUUCAACACACUCGAGGAAAACAGACACAACACCUUCAUCAGAACCACCUCAGAGUAAAACAACAAACUCUGCACCUGCAUCAUCCUCAACAACACUGGAACAAGAUAGACAGCAAACACACAGCAGCCUCCCUCUAGUUUUUGGCAUUCUGGGAGUUUUACUGCUGGUGAUAUCCGGUGUAGUGGCAUUUAUUUGUUGGAGACGCAAAGGAGGAAGAUGUGGAGAGAACGUGAUCACUGAAGGACGUCCGGACUGUAAGAGAAAGCAGAAGGAUCAGACUGAACCUGAUGUUACUUACUCUACUGUAACCCACGUGAACACAGCCGGAGCAGCACGGGUCCAGAUCAACGCUGGAGACAAAACUGAAUAUGCCAGCAUUCUAACAAACUAAUCCACAGUAAAUAUCUAGAAUAAUACUGAAUACAUACAGUAUAUUAAAUACACACCAUGGUAAGCAUGAUAAGCAUGUUACUGUGACUUUUUUUAUUUGACCAUUAA